CCUCGCUCUGGGGCCAGAGCCUGCGCGCUGCGCCCCGCGCGUCCAGCGCCCCGCGCCCCGCGCCCCGCGCUGCCCGCGCGCCCGAGCCGGCAGGGGUUUCUUUCCCCCAUCGCGGUCAUGUCUCCGGGUCCGGCCCGGCGGGGUGGCGCGGCCCAGGCCCCGGCGCCCGCGGCGAGCGACCGCCAGGGACCAUGAUCCGGCUAGGCUGCUGGUGUGCGCGGCGGCCCCGCGGCGCGGCGUUCCCCGCGGGGCGGCGCUGGGGGUCGGGCGAGCCGGCGGGCAGGGCGGGCGGCCGCUCCCUGCGGGUGCUGGUGGACAUGGACGGCGUGCUGGCCGACUUCGAGGGCGGCUUCCUCAGGAAGUUCCGCGCGCGCUUCCCCGACCAGCCCUACAUCGCGCUGGAGGACCGGCGCGGCUUCUGGUUGUCGGAGCAGUACGGCCGCCUGCAGCCCGGCCUGAGCGAGAAGGCCAUUAGCAUAUGGGAAUCGGAAAAUUUCUUUCUUGACCUGGAGCCUCUACCGGGGGCUGUGGAAGCGGUGAAGCAGAUGGCCAACCUAGAAAACACUGAUGUCUUCAUCUGCACGAGCCCCAUCAAGAUGUACAAGUACUGUCCCUACGAGAAGGGCAUCAGCAAGUUGUAUUUCCUGUUCGGGGUCCUGGCAUCCGCCUGCUUCUCCCUCCGUCACACCACCUUGGCUUCUCUUCCCAGAACCGCCAAAAGAGCCGUCCGUACUGCCUGCUCGUUUCAGUUCCACACGGUUCUACAAAGUAGAUCAAGUGAGUCCCACGCUGUAAAACCUUUCAGUAGUUUUCCACCGCACUUAAAAUGGAACUUUAAAAUACACGCACACACACAAACUCCUCAUCAUAACCCGCAAGGCCUGCCCAGCCGUCUCUCCUGCCAUCCUAAGUUCCUGAUCCUCCGUUCUCAACGGAUGCUCCGUGUUCCUAUUUCUCGAGCAGGCCCGGUGUUCUUGGCUCAUGCCCUUAAACAUGCUGGGCCAUCUGCGUGCCUGGUUCUUCCUCCUCCCUGAGGCCUCACUCAGCCGCCCCCCAACCCCGUUUCCUGCCCGUACCUAAAAGUUUGUUCUUUCCCUGCCUUGCUGUUCCGUCCCUCAGCCCCUUGUUUCCUGUAUAAACACUUGCAAGGGGUUUACGUCUUCGUCUGUGUCUUGUUAUCUGUCUCCCCGUUAGACUGCAAGCCCCAUGAGGGCAGCGACUGUGUCUGUCUUGCUUACUUUUGGUCCCAGUGCCUGGCACGCUAACAGCACUCAGUGUUUGUUGUCGGACGCAUAGAUUCAACAGGCACUCAUCAAACAUAUUCCAGUAACCACGUUUGCCAUUUAUCUGAUGCCUUAGCUAUGCCAGGCACUGUACUUUUAUUAUCAGUACGGCAGCUCCCUGUGAAACAGGGUGCUCCUCUGAUGUGAGGGACGAAGAGGGAGGCUGAGAGAGGCGAGGCAGCUUGUCCCUGAGCCUGGUGAUCGCACAGGCAGCGGGGCUUGGUCCAGAGCCGUGCGUCCCAGAGCCCGCGCCCUUAGCUGCUCCCACCAGCAGCGCCUGCGCACUGCAGAGGGCUCAGAGUCCAGCGAACACAGAUGAUACCACUUGGGACUCCUUCGUUGCAAGCGACAUCAACGGCGUCCCGCUAACUUGAAGAAAAAUAGGGUUUAUUAGGAGGCCGUUGCUUUGCUCAGAGAACCACCAGAGGAUCUGAAGGAGCAGCCCGUCGACAAGCCGCUGGGGAGCCAGAGCCAGCAGGGGGUCUCUCCAAGCACUUGUGCUCGCAAAGACCACAGCCCCAUUCGUUCUCCGUCCGUGGGUGUGUUUGCCCAAGAUUCACGUUCCCAGGAGGGAGGCUUACCGGCUGAGCUCAGGUCACGUUCCCCUCCCUUGGUCAGGGGACGGUGGGCAUCCUGAUUGACAUCCCAUCAAGGCCAGGGGUCUUUGAAGAGAAAAAGUGAGGUGCUGUUAUCAGAGGAAGGGGCUCAGUAAUAGUGGGCAGUGGAUGCCCUGACCAAACAAAGGGAAAAAAUAACAAAACCCUGGCUAUAAAACUGCUACCUGUGAUGAAAACACUAUUAAUAUUUUGAGGUGUUUCUUUCUAGUUUCUCUUUGAUGCGUAUUAAUUUUUUUACGUUUAUUUUUGAGAGAGAGAGAGAGAGAGCAGGGGAGGGGCAGAGAGAGGGAGACACAGAAUCCAAAAC